AUGUCGAUUAACAACAACCUAGUAGACGGUGAAUCGCAGUGUCCGAAUAAAAAAAAUUUGCCUGUUCUGAUCGAAACCACGAAAGCUGCUUUGCUUACAAACGAAAACAUAUUGGAGUCCAUUUUGAAGGUCGUGUCACAAACGUGGAAUAACAUGCCAGUGAUAUUGUUUCUUAAGUUUUAUCGUUUUUUUUUUCAUGUUUAGGACGAGUCGUGUUCUGAAAACUCCCAAAUGGAAUAUCAAAUAAAUAAUUGUUUCGGAUUGCGUUGCAAGCUUGACGAUUAUCAAGAUGAACUAAAGGAACUGGAAUUCAAGUAUUAUUACCAAGUAAGUACACAAAGUUAUAAUGAUUCCACAUUCACCGUUAUAACGGUUAUAAAUGCGAUGACGCAGGAGUCUGCGAAUACUUUGAUGGAUUUUGUUACGAUUAUUCCCCGCGACCGGACGGAUUUAUGGCCCGAAGCUCUCGUCGUUGUUACGUCCGAAGAAGUCAAACAGAUCUAUAUGCAACUUUUUCAGUAUGUUAAACGUUCUCACCUAUUUAUUUUUUCUAUUUUUUUUUAAACCACCUUUUAAUAAUUCUAAUAACCGCUUUCUCGUUACUUUGUCACUGUAUUAUAGAUAAAUAAAUUAAAAAUCGAGAGAGGUUAUCGGAUUUUAGUUGACUAUAGGAGUAAGUGUCUACAAAAGGGGGGUACUCAUCAUCUCAAAAUUUCAGAAAAAUGUAAAUAUACAUAUAUACUAGGUUUAGAAGAUAUUUAUAUAGAUUCUCCUCCAUCCGAUAUUUUAGACUAGGAAAUGAGAAUAGGUUAGAUAUUAUUGAGAAAAAAGUAUUAAGGAAAAUGUAUAGACUUAUGUGUAAUCCCUAUACUCAGGUUUGGGAGUAAAAUAUGACUAAAAUCUUGAACUAAAUAAUGCAUAUUAUAAGGAAGACUAGAAGAAAUUAUUAUUGACUGCAGCCAAGGAUCUGUAUUGUAAAAGCAAAACAAAUAUUACACUAUUAUAUCAAUAUAUCAUAUUAUACUCACAAUUUGAUCUUUUCAUAUUCAUAAAUUUAGCAGCACUACCAUAACAGACACUUAUCAAAUACAUCCAGCACAUUAAUUGUUGGUAAUUUGUGGGACAUUUUUUAACUACUCUCCGAAUUUAUUCGACUCUGCUUUAGCCGGUAAAGGUUUUUAAGUUUGUACAUCAGUGAUAUUAAGCUGAUUCCAUUUAAAGUUCUAAUAUAGUGAAUUUUGUUCGUACUCUGUGUAUAAAAAAGAGCACAAAUUUCAUAUUUUGUCCCAGAUUAAAAUAAAAUGUAAAUUCCAUUACUGUGAAUUUAUUAGUUAAGUUACAUCGGUUAAGUAUAGUUGGCAGCACAUAAAUUGAAAAAAAUUCCAGCUAAAAUAUUAUAAAAUAAAAUUUUGAGAGUAGUCCAACGAUGCACAAAAAGUUACCAACAAAUUUGUCGGGUACCUAUGUAUUGAUUUAUUUAUUGAUUAAUAACGGAAUAAAAAUUACAAUUGCAAUACGAAUUAUUUGGAUUAACCGUCACAAUAAAAACACAAUUUUAAUUAUUCAAUGAGCUCAAUAUUAUACACAGGUAACUAAUAAUUGUAUACACAUACAAUGUACAUAAGAUAUGAAUUUGGAAAUUAUAUUAUAAUAAAGAAAAAAAUACUACACUUAAAGUAUAUUAUACAAUUUUCAAAUAUCAUUUAUAACUAGGAUUGCAACAAAAAUACAAAUAUUGUUAUAAAAAUAUGACAUUAUAUUAUAAACGUGUAACUAAACCAUUGAGUAUAAUAAAUUUUAAAGAUUGAAUUCUGUUUUUGAAAAAGUCUAUACAACGGAUUUUCUAGGAUAUGUUAAUAAUAGAAUUUCUGGCAAGAGAGUAAUAUAGCAUAUUUUGCAUAUUAUAUUUGAUAAGUGUCUGUUAUGGUUGUGCUACUAAUUCUAUGAGGGUAAAAAGUAAAACCUUUCAGACGUUUUGCGCUGGAUAACGUUAUUGUCGUAACGAUUGAUGCGUUGACCGGAUGCAAUUUCCAAGUGCCGUUGAGCAACGUGAAAACCGCACUUUUGGACGGGUCCCGGGAGGCUUACGCUGAGUUCGCCGGCAGCGAGUCCGUCCGGCUGGUCAUAUCGGCGCACAUACCGCCCGGUUGGUUGUUCGUCAUAUGCAACGACGCGCACCGUCAAGAGUGUUUUCAGGUAAGUAGAUGCACAAAGAUGUGACAUAAUAAUAUUAUUAAAUACAUGAAAAAUAGAAAAAUGGAUAUGCCCAUAGACAUAAUAGACAUAUGGUUAGGUUAGGCUACUAAAACCAGGCCAACUAGACCAGGAAUAAUGAUAAUAAAACUAUAUAGGCCAUUUCUUCUGUACAUUAAUACGCAUUUUACAGUAUUAACUCGAAUUUUACAUUCAAUGUCGGUUUAUGAAAACUAAGGUUAUAAAAAAUUGUAUUUUCUUAUCAUUGAUUAUAUAGUGUUUAGGAUACAAUUAGAGUAGUAAUAAUAGAAUAAUAUGAGUUCAUCCUCAAAAAUAUUCUAAGAAAAUAUGAAAUUAAAAAAAAAAAAAACAAAUUUAAAUCAAUUUUGAACUUAAAUUGAAUUAUUAAAUUAUUGUAUGGUUUGUAGAGUUGAGUUUGUAGAGUUUUAUAAAUAUGCGAAAUCCUUAUAAAAAUGCAUAAAAUCCUAAAAUAUUAUGCAGUAAAUAUUUAAAAACGACAAAAUAAGCAAAACACAACUUUGAAUACCUAUAGAACCGUUAUUUCAUAAAUUAUAUUUUGGUACAAAUUAGCUAUUUUUUUAACUAAUAUAUAAAAAUACGCUAAAGCAUAAAAAUAAAUAUUUGCCCUACUGAUAACAGAUUUCUGUACAGGUACAUUUUUAUAAAUUAAAAACUUAUAAAAAAAAAAAAAAAAAAAAUGUUUUCUCUCUAAAUUAAUGAUGCUUUACAAUAGAACCCUUUGCGCAUCAAUCUGUUUUGCAGAAAGAUAGAGAAUAG